GAGGACACUAAUGCAAAAUCCUGGUUUGAAACGUGUUUCUUUUGCAUUUGAUUACACCCCGGGAGGUCUAUUUUCUCUUACCAAUAAUGGUGGUUUCUUGAUUACACCACAAACUAAAUCAGUCUUUAUUCUUCAAAAAGAGUAUGCCACUGUCGAUCCUUCAUUUGUUGACGUGGUUGGCACUCACGGUAUGUCAACCUGUGUAGGUCUCAUCAUUCAAAACCCUAAAAGUGGAAAGAUAUCUGUUGCUCAUAUAGAUGUGCUAGGUGUUAUUGAGCUUGGGAUAAACCAAAUGUUGUCUUCCGUUGAUGAUCAAGAUAUCAAUGACAUGACCAAUUUGAAUGUGCAUUUAAUUGGUGGUUACAAUGAUGAACCAGAGUGGGCAAAUCAUGAAGAUCAGGAAAAGCGAGAAGGAGUGUCUUUCCCCAUUUGUUCCAAGAUAAUUGAAGUUCUGUGCAAGAGCACCAAAACUUUCCAUCUUCGAACUUUGCAUGUUCUUGAUCACAACACAAUAUAUGAUGGACAAGGAAUAGG